UGAUGGGUUCUUCAGAGACCGCUUUUCAGUCUUUCACUAGCCUUCAGUAAAGCAAGUCGUUGUUGUUCUUUUCGAAACUAAGUGUUAAUAUAAUGGAACGUUGGCAAAAUCGUGUUGCAGCCGUUACCGGCGCUAGCUCCGGCAUAGGUGCUGCUACCGUUAAGGAUCUGCUGAAAGCUAAUUUAAUUGUUGUCGGUCUGGCGCGUCGCUUGGAGCGCAUGGAAGAACUGAAGGCACAAUUACCAGCUGAACAACAAAAACGCUUCCAUGCCGUCGCUUGCGAUGUUUCAUCACAAGAAUCCGUUGAUGCGGCAUUCGAUUGGAUCAUCAAGGAGUUGGGUGGCGUCGAUAUUCUUAUCAAUAACGCGGGUAUCUUUAAAGCUGGCCACGUUAGCAUUAUGAAUCCGGUGGAAAUGCAACAAGUCAUACAAACCAACGUUAUGGGCGUGGUAUAUUGCACACAACGUGCCUUUAAAUCGAUGAAAGAACGUAAUUUUGAUGGUCAUGUAGUUGUGGUUAAUAGUGUCUUGGGUCAUAGUAUACCUUUCACAGUUGGUGACAAUAAACCACCGAUAAUGAAUGUUUAUGCGCCCUCUAAGUUUGCGCUAACUGCCCUUACGGAGAUACUGCGUCAGGAAUUUAAAGGACUAAGCACCAAGAUUAAGAUUACUAGCGUUAGUCCCGGUUUAACCGAUACGGAAAUUGUGCCAGAACAAUAUAAGAGCGCUAAGAUUCCAUCUCUAAAAUCGGAGGAUGUUUCGAGCUGUAUUUUGUUUACACUCUCUACACCACCACAUAUGCAGGUGCACGAGAUCACUGUGAAGCCGGCUUUGGGCGAAUAAAUCCAUAAAAAAUAUAUAUGUUUAUAUAUAUUUCGUUAAGUAGCUCCAUCAAAUGUUUAUGAAGGUCUAAUAUAUAUAAUAAUAAUACUUAAAUUGUAAAUUAUCUAAUUAAUUGCAAUAAAAUUAAUUUUAUUUGA